UUUACAUGAGCGGGAGUUGAUCCACUCAUAUGUCUUGAACACCAUGGUGGAAGUGAAGCCGUACAUCAAACAAUUCACGGCUAAAUAUUGGAGGUAUACCCACAGGGAUCCUACCUCGGAAGAAUCCAAGGAUAUUUUCGAUAAGGGCGGCGGUCACGGUUUCAGUAGCUGGUUCUGUGGUUUGGCAAGAACUGACAAAGACAUGAAUCCCUUGCUACGAAAAAUUGCUAGGGGCUUCAACCAUUCCGUCGACUCGUUCAAUUCUUAUGACGUGAACGGGUAUCAAGACCUAAGUUUGCUCGAGGCGUUCAAAGCGAGCAUUGACCUAGAUCCAAAUGGACCACCUCCGGGUUUCAUCGAUGAUUAUUGGUUCGCUGAGCCUGAUGAUGAUGAAACAUGUGGUCCGAUUACGGAUGUCGACAUAGGCUACUGA